AUGGAACUUUGGAGAAUGUUGAGUCAAGUUUGGACAAUUUCAACUUCAUUAUUUGAUUAUGACAAUAAUGAAGUUGAAACUGGCUAUUUGGAAAUUGAAUUACAACCAACCAGCGUGGCACCUGCCUUGCCUGUCAAUGAGCAGAAUGGAACCACAGUUAAUGAGAAUUCUAAAGAAUCUGAAUGUAGCGAAGUCUUGCAAACUCUAAGUGUUUCAAACCUGUGGAGUCAAUUGACUGAUGAUGAACAAAGUGAAAUGGAAAAGGGGCUAAUAAGUUCAAAAGAAAUGGAAACAUAUCAUGGCAUACAACCAGGUUUACAAAAGAAAGUUAAAAGAAAUUCAGGUUUAUUUGAUCCUAUGAAGGUAUGUCUAUUUACAUUAAUGCGAUUAGAUAUUUUUUAUAACUCACUAGUGUGAAAUGUCAUUUACCAUUAAGGGGCAAUGGUGCGUUUUCACUGCUUAACCAAAGAUGAACAUAUUCACCCAGAUGUUAAGCUGUGAUGCACCCUUGCCCCUUAGGCUGCUACUGUAUGUAUCAUACAUUUGUGUUACUCUGUCUAACAGACUAACACCACAUUGUUUAAUUUACUCUGUCUAACACCAAACAAAUUUGAAUUUUUUUCUGUGUUGGUGUAGUGUACUCAGGUGAAUAUGAUAUUUGUGGUGUUACUCUGAGUGUAUAUCCACACCGGGCGAGCUUGAAAAAUAUGCCCGGCCACGGUGGGAUUCGAACCUACAACCUUUGGAAUACUAGCCCAAUGCUAGAAGAGCAAGUAUAUGAGAAUGAUGAUGACAUAAGCCAAAGUGAUUUCCAGCAAUCAUUAACCAACUUGAUUUGCCUUUCUAAUGAUGGAACUUUGGAGAAUGUUGAGUCAAGUUUGGACAAUUUGACAUUAUUUGAUUAUGACAAUAAUGAAGUUGAAACUGGCUAUUUGGAAAUUGAAUUACAACCAACCAGCGUGGCACCUGCCUUGCCUGUCAAUGAGCAGAAUGGAACCACAGUUAUACACUGGAUAUAUACUGGAUAUAUACACUGGAUAUACACAGUUAUACACUGGAUAUACACUCAGAGUAACACCACAAAUAUCAUAUUCACCUGAGUACACUACACCAACACAGAAAAAAAUUCAUAAUACUAGAAUACAUUGGUAUCGAAGGAACUAGAUUCUGUUCCGAAAUAUCACUUACUCGAACCGUCCUGACCGCGUAGCUCAGUUGGAAGAGCAUUGGGCUAGCAUUCCAAAGGUCGUAGGUUCGAAUCCGACCGUGGCCGGGCAUAUUUUUCAAGCUCGCCCGGUGUGGAUAUACACUCAGAGUAACACCACAAAUACCAAACAAAUUUAUUUGUCAGGAACAGAGUCUUGCACAUUUAAUGGCUUAUUUGGUUUUAACCAAAAUGUUCCAUUUAACCUUUUAAAUAUAUUUUCCAUGCCCUAAUAGCAACUGCCACUUUCAAAAAAUGAAAACAAUGAAUGUAACUAGGUACAAUCACAAAAUUCGUAAACCAGAGCAAUAUUUUAAUUAAUACGAAUGACCUUUUUGUUCUUCUAGAUUAUUUACAAAAACAAUCAAAAUGAAUAAAUCUGGCCUCAAAACCUUGAAUGAUUUGCAAUAUUAUGCUAAACAAGCAAAUCGUUGCUUCUUGAAUUUAUUGAGGGCUGCACUCAACUAUAAAUGGCCAUUUAACAGCAAACAAUAUUUUAUAGUGUACAAAAUGUAGAUGAACAGAUCACAUAGACAAAAACACUUAUUGGCGUUUCGGGCAAAGGUCCUUCAUCAAGGCGAAUUACGAACUUGAAGGGCAUAAAUACUCGAAGCGUCGAGAAGUUUUUUUAUCCUUUAUAGGCCUGUGUGAUCUGUUUCAUCUAUUUUUUAGUUAUCUAUGCCACAGCCGACGCUGAACAUCCCCAAAACGAAGAAUUUUAUAUUGUAGUUCUAGUGCCUCGGGUUCUACUGUAGUACGAGGUUAAACAGUAACAGGUUACAAUAAAUAUUUCGAUACAUUUUUUUAGAGUAAAGUGAAUAUUGCAAGCUUAGGAGCUCGUGAACUCCAGAAACGUUUGUUAUCUUCAGGUUUUUCUAAAACUGUCGAUAUUCAAGUGAGUAUUUUGUAAACUUAAAUGUUACCUCAAUAAAAUGUGUUCUUCCUUAUGAAUGUUAAUAUACUAAUGUCUAAGUGACGAUAAAUGUUUGUUUCAGCACCCUCUUUAAAAGUCAAAACAUGUAAAGAAUAGACGAGAGUUCCAUUUGAUUGCUUUUUCCUCUUUCAAAUCUUAGACUAAUGCCCUUAGGCAAAUUCAUGCCAGUUAUUCCAAUGGGAGGUGGUGGAUCAAAGCUGAUGGAUGUGAUUUGCUAAAAGGAUUGAAGGAAAGUAUGCGCGGUCGUUGGGAAGGUGACGUGAAUUUGGGAGAUGGUUGUGUGCAGAUGUUGUUUUCUGAAUACCAGACGAGAUGUGCCAUCGUUAAGAGUAUUGGUUCGCAUGCAAAUUUGGAAAAGAGUAAAGAUAGUGUUGAGAAGGUGAGGAUGGAAUUAAAGAAGGACCUAGAGUUUCUAACAAAAGGAAGCGAGGAGGCAAGCAAAGUGUAUGAUAAAGUUGUGGAAGCAGGACAUUCACCUGAGAACAAAUUGAUGGAGUUAGCUUGGACUGUUGCAGGAUUCCAGGAGCUUGUGAAGAACGCCAUGGCCCUGAUUGUUGAAUUAGAUGGUGUUUUGAAUGAUUUUGAUGGUGAUGGAUUAAGCAAUGUUUUUAAAAUGAAACUUAGCCUUCUGCAAUAUCUCAAGGAUCUAUAUUCAAAAAAACGAGUGGCAGCUAGUUACUUAUUAGUAUUCAUGAUCGCUGAUGAGCAGAGAAAUAAGAAGCCCUAUGCCAUCCCUGUGCAGUUCAUCCCAUAUAAAUCAUUGACAGACUCUACGUUAAGGGAUCUAGAGAUGAAAGUUGAAGAUGCUAUGAAGAAUUACGGAAUGACAGUUGUUGGUAAGCAUAACAUUUUGUUAAGCAUAGGUUAAGAAUGUAGCAGGCGUGCUUGCUAUUAUAAUUUUACCAUCCUAUGUAUAUGGCUUUUCAUAUUGUGGUUACCCAUCCAUCGAUUACUUUACUGUGUGUUUGUUUGUGUGGGUGCGUGCGUGCGUAUGUGUUUAUGUCUAGUAUCACACAAUGACGGAAAAGCAAUUAAAAUUAAAAUUAAAUAUCUCACCUUUUACAUUGUAGAAUUAGAACUGGAAUUUUUACUUCAGUAACCUAUUUCUUUCCAAUACCCUUAUGUAGCAUUUACAGUACCUUCUAUAAAAAUGCUUUUUAAUUAAUAGAUAUUUUUAUUAUUUUAUUUAUGGUUACCAAUGGAAAAAUUGGUUACUGGUAUUUUAUUUUUCUUGCAGGAUUUACAACUGAUGGAGAAUUUAAUUCUUUAAGAACGCAAGGAAAAUCAAGACCCAUAUCUGUGAUUGAGUUGAUUAAAAUUGCAAGACAAGAGGCUCGACAAACAGGGAAAAAACUAAUUAUGGAAUAUUUUAAACUGGAUAGUGAAGGUAAAUAAUUCCUAGAAAAGCUAUCCAGGUGUAAAUCCUACAUCAUAUAUUCUACAUGUAGCUUUUUAGUGAUAAACAUGUACUUUGUAAGUUUGAAUACAGUUUGAGAUUUAUUAUUUAAUUUUUAUUUCACAAUAGGAAACCCAUUGAAAUUCCAUCCAUCAAUUCCUCUAGAAGACCUGCAGUGGCUUGAUAGCUUUGUGAAGGAUGGAGAUAAGGCAGCCUCAUUUGAAAGAGCUAUUUACAUAUUGAGAAGAAAGUUGUUUCCGUUCAUGCACGAUCCACAUCCUUGGGUGGAAGGUGAGAAUUAAAGAUUACUAAAGGGUAACAGCAUACAUUACCAUUUAAUUCUGUCUAAUGCCAUAACUUAUUUAUUCAGAUAAAGAGCCCUAACUGAUAUGCCAGUAUUACAUAAUCGGUUAACCAUUUAAAAAAACAAGUCUUGUCUACUGUAAGAGUGUAAGAAUGUAGUGUUUCACUUUCUGGUACGUGAAUAAAAUUACCCGGCAUUAUGCAGAAUAAAAUGUUAAGGUUGCAAAAAUAUUUGCAAACAAAUUUUGUUAUAGGAAGAGCUGAAACAACUGAAGAGGUCUUGAAGUCCAUUCUGUCCAUUUACAUCUAUCGAAAAAAAAUUCACGAUCUGAAGCACAUUGAUGAUGACCCUGCUGAUUUUGAUACAUAUCUUUAUCAGCCAGAAAAAGACCCAGCAACAGGUGAAUCGUUUCACCACAGAGAAGAUCAUAACCACCUUCUCAAGAGAAUUGUGGCAUGCCUAUGUGAUGGCCGGAUUCCAGGUCUUGACUUACGAUCCCUAAGAGAUGCUUUGCAUGACCCCUUGACAGGAUUAACUUAUGAGUCCCUUACAGGCAGGAACAAGCAGUCAGUUCCUGACUGUGAACGUCUGAUUGGUCCAGCUGUCAUUUCCUUUCUGGAACGUAAGGGCCAUACAAGUAGUGCAAGAGUGAUCAGGCUGAUCCACAACUGGCACAAAGCUGUUGAUGGUAGGGGACUUUCUGAGCUGCAACGAUCAUUGUAUUGCACACAAAUGAAAGAGUGGCUCUUAGAAGACUGGAUUCCAUGGUUUAAAUCCAUGCCAGGGUAUAGCACAAUUGAUGUUAACAGGUAUAUGUGUGUUUAAACUUGUGCUGCUUGAUAUUUGAAUACUCUUGGAGUGUGUUAUCGGGAUUUGCUCGGGCGAGUUCACGAACAAGGCACAAGAAAUUUAAUAGUACUGCACGAGGCGAAGCCAAGUGCACUAUUACGAACAAAGAGUUUUAAUAUUCAAUUUGAGCAAACGUUCAUUAUCGCACAGCCCAUUAUCGCACGGCCGUGCGUUGUUGUUUAUUAAAAUGCAGUCACGUGUUACAAAUCGACCGAUAAGAACGCAAGUUUACGAAAAAUGAAUAUUAGUGUUGCUAAUAUAUUUUGUUGUAAAAUUACUCCGCAUAGCUGCUAUCGUAAUUGUAUACGUCUAUGCUACGGACCAGCGGUAUCUGCAUUAUUUUAACAUGGAGAUAUAGGGUCAUGUUUUGUGUUUUUUGACCCUUUAGCCUCGUUUCCGUGCGUUUAGUAGAAUACUUUUCUCUUUAAUCUAGGCCAGUAAAGAAUAUUUGUGGCUUUACCAGAGAGGUGGUUGUUGGCCUAAUUGCCAAUUUAGACAGUAGGGAAUUACGUCGACAGGAAUACAUGGCAAGAAACAUUCCUUUCGAGCACCCCAGGGCAUCUGCAACUGACGAUGUCGAAGGCCUGUUCGCCCUUCUUCACGAAAUGCUGGGAAACAUCUUUCAUCUUCGACAAUUUCAUAAUGCUCAGAAUAAAAUUCUGAAUGAAUUCAACAAAAGAAUAAAUCCUGAUCUAAAGUUUUACUAUUGGACUGGGGUCAAAGAACGAUACACGGAAUUUGAACUGCAUUCAUUUAACGAGCCAUCAGGACAUGGUAAAACAGAGAGGCUCGACAAUACCAAACUAUCACGGCGAGGAGAUCCAGGAGUAUUCGUAGCUAACAGAGCUUCUCUCCCACAAAAAGGACAACUUACAGCCAGGGCUAAGUUCCAUAAGGCACCAGUGCAAUUACCCCCACGGGCCACAAGCAAUUGAAUAAAGAAAGACAUGUAAAGUAUUAACAACUUUAAUAAUUUUACAAACAGUAUUGAAAGAGAGAAGUAUAGUUUCGUUUGAAGUUGACAUGACAUGACAAUUUUUAUUGGCGGAAUCUUAUGACCUUUUUGACUUAUCUCGUAAGUCAUUUACAGUUCUUUAAUGUCUUAUUUUGUGUCUGAGAUUUUACCAUUUUAAGAAAAGACAAUAGACUAAACAGAGAAAUGCAAUUAAGUGUGCGACACAAGCAUAAGACUCUGCCGUAACAAAAGACAUUUCAAAAGAAAAUUGUGAUGGUCGUAAAAAUGGAGUCACGAUCUUUUGCAACGGCCAGUUUAUACCUGUAAACCACAUUUAUAAAUCGUAAGUAUUCUCUAGUCAAUUAUAAUCACUCCACGUAUUUUCAGUUCUAUUAAAAUGUUGUAUUUCGGCUGAUAAGAAAGAUAGUGACUCAAUCUUACGACCAUAUGGAAACCAGGCUUUUCCUCGUGCCUGGCAUGCGAUAAACUAUGC